CGCUCCUGCCUCGAUAGUACAGGUUUUUAGAAUCGCAUACCCGCUUUCAUAUCUUCCUGAGAACGCUCCAAACCUGUUCCUGUCAAGAGCUCAACCAUACGCUUCAGAUCUUCUGCUGUAUACAUACCAUUCAACAGCUCCCUAUGUGUGGUGGAUUGCUGAAAUUCUUACUCUUUUUUGUGCUCCUCUACGGAGUGUGGAAAGGUGGAGUUGCUGCUCUAGAGCGAUUCCAUGUCAGUACGAAUUCAGCCCGGCAGUAUCUUACGGACCCCAUUGACAGCAACGGGAAGGAUGAGCCAGUAUCUGUGACAUACAGUGUAUCCAGCGUGACAGAUCGGCAGCGUACAGCUUUCGGUUGGUAUGUCCUCGAUAGAUGGAUAUCAGUAUUUGAUACAUGACUUGCGGAUAUGCAGAGAUAUCUUGGAUGGUGUCUUGAAGAGUGCAAACGGGACUUUUCUACAUACCCAUGUCAAGGGUGAUCUACUCUUCUGCAAGAGUACCCUUGAAAAAUACGCAGAGCAAGAAGCCAACGGCAAUUUUCAGUCUUCACGAAGGAGAAUGUCAUUAGCGGCUGACAGAGAGGCGUUCCCUCCUGAGACACCCUUUGAUUCGCGGAAAGAUACAGCCCGAACGAAAUUCCAGAAAGCGACUCGAUUAUGUGAAGAUACAAUCUGCUCAGCACCAGACCUCUACGGGACUUGUGCCUCGAAUCGCUUGCGACUCAAGAAAGGAGCCAAGGCGGUUUGCAGUAUGUGUUAUCCAUACAAGGACUACGCCCUCAUCCGCGCACAUUGCAGGAGAAGACGGUACCAGGAGGCUCGAGCUUUUUAUGUCCUCUGUGCGGUUAUGAUAGCAGCAAUGACGGCUGCCGUGGCUUUGGUAUGCAUACGUGACGUUCGAAGAAAAUCCAAAGAUGGUCGACCGGACACAGAACGGAGGAUAAACAAGAGUCCAACCAGACAACGCAGUGUGUCUCGACCUUCCAAGCGGAUUGGUGGAAUUAGUGGAAAUCAGUGGUUAUCGAGAGUGCCAUUUCUCAAGAAAAGACACAAUAUGGAAAAGAAACCAGACGCAACUGAUAGCGAUAUAAGCAGUUCGACAAAGAACUCGACUUUGCAGCAGAAAUGGGACCGACUAGGGAUUUUCUCCAGAGGUACUCGGAAACGAGUACAGGACGUAUUCGACCUCGAGGCUCUGUCAACAAAAAACACGCAAAGUACAGUGACUGACGUGACUGAAAAGGUCCCGGUGCUUCCAAGAGCUCGCAGAAUGAGCUCGCGCUUCCCCUUGACAGAGAUCGAUUCAGGACCGUCUCUGACAGACUUUUAUGGAGAGAAUCUUCUUCCUCCUAACGACCCUUUUGCGACCAUUCACACGACACGUCCGAGCGAGAAGGGGCUAGCUGGCACGGAGGAUGUUUGAAAUUGUUUAUGCUCAUGUCAAUCAAGGAAUAGGAAUUAUCCUCUUGGAAUAUAUAGAAUAAUCGGAAUUUUCUCA